AAAUGUCAAACCACUGUAGCUACACAAGGAAUUGUCACACAUAUGUCAUUUAGACAAACCUUGAAAAUUCUAUGUAGUAAUGGCAACUAUUUUUCAAAAUAUAUCAGCUGUAACGCAAUGUAUUACUUCUACAUGCAGUCGAAUAACAAAUACUACCAGGGCUGUAUGGAUCCAAAUAUUUAACGGUACCCUAAAUCAACUUAAAGAGUUGUGUUACGAAAUGCACGAAAUUGAUCUUUUGUUGAUCAGAACAAAUGUGCUGUUCAGCAUGUGCUGCCAAAUUACAUUCGUAACAAUGCUCGACGCUCUUUUUACCGAAAAGAAAAUAUCAGGAGUUUUAAAUUUACUAAUAUGCUCAAUGCUGGGGCUUCUCCUUACUCGUGGGAGGAACAUGAUCAACAGCACUAGCGAACGCCAAAGCAAUAUCACUGAAGGAUGGUUACCCCGCUAUGGCAAACUAACAAUGGAAUUGUUCAGAAUGGUCAUGCUUGUCAUUUUUAUAAACGAUGAAAGAAGGAUGUUCCAUUUCAACUUUGUGCAUACAUUCCUUUCAGUUUCCUACUAUAUGUGCACAUCCUAUCUUUUCAAGGAGAUAUUUAUUGAUUUUGCGGCUUACUUUAAAUUGUCUUCUUUAGAGGCAAUGGAACAUUUAUACGUUCCAAUUGUCUUAAAAUCGUACGCUUUGCUGCUCUCAAUAACACUAAGUAUAGUUGCAUCGUUUAGAAAAUACGUUCAUUUUUCGUUAUUUGCUUCUUACUUUUUGAUACAUCUCCCGUUAAAGGAUAUAUAUUGCAAUUACGUAAAGAGAUUAAUUAUUCAAACACGAAUUUACGAUUCUUUUAAAAUGGCAACGGAGGAGGAUAUUCAGCAGCGAGAUGAUGUGUGCCCAAUCUGCUUAAGUGCUAUUGAGGAAGCGAAAGUAACAUCUUGCAACCAUUUCUUCCAUCCGGUCUGUCUUAAGAAUUGCUUAAAAACGUCACUAAAAUGUCCUUUAUGUAAACAUCAAUUCUUUUAAUAAACCGUGACUUACCUACUUACAGUACAAGUACAUAUACUUCUGUUUCGAAUACUUAUAUAAACCCGCGUUAUGGCAUUGGGCCGCAAGACAUUAGGACGCAGACAUUUGGACGCGCGGGCAUUGAGAACGCAAGCAUCAUGUAGAUCACCUUACAAAGCAGAAAUUAGGUCGCAAGUAG